GAUUAUAACAGGUUUUAGGAAAUCUAGAGACUUAGCAUUUCAGAAAUACACUUUUGAGUAGGCAUGAAACUUUGUGAAUGGAGAAUAGGGUUAAAACACUGAGAUAUCAGACAUUAGCAGAGGCUUCCCCCAGUUUAUUUCUGACAUUCCCAGGAACAUGCUGAAGGCAAUGAGGAACCACAGUGUCAUCUCUGAGUUCAUCCUCAUGGGGCUGUCUGCGGACCCCCAGACCCAGGCUCUGCUCUUUGUGCUGUUCCUUGUUAUUUACCUCCUGACCCUGAUGGGCAAUCUGAUGUUGCUGCUGGUGAUUGGGUUUGACUCUCAUCUUCACAUCCCCAUGUACUUUUUCCUGAGGCAGCUGUCCUUCCUCGAUCUCUGCCACUCCUCUGUCACUGUGCCCAAGCUGUUGGAGAAUCUGCUGUCUGAGGAGAAAACUGUCUCAGUAGAAGGCUGCCUGGCUCAGGUCUUCUUUCUGUUUGCCUCUGGGGGCACUGAGUCCUGCCUACUCACCGUGAUGGCGUAUGACCGCUAUGUUGCCAUUAGGUCUCCUCUGCUCUAUGGCCAGGUGAUGAACAGACAGCUCUGUAUGGGGCUAGUGUGGGCCUCAUGGGGUUUGGCUUUUCUGGAUGCUCUCAUCAAUAUCCUUGUAGCUCUCAAUUUAGACUUCUGUGAGGCUCAAAAUAUCCACCACUUCUGCUGUGAGCUGCCCUCUCUCUACCCUUUGUCCUGCUCUGAUGUGACUGCAAGUUUUACAGCCCUGCUCUGCUCCAGCAUCCUGCAUUUCUUUGGAAAUUUUCUCCUGAUAUUUUUCUCCUACGUUCGCAUUUUGUCCACCAUCCUGGCCAUCAGCUCCACCACAGGCAGAAGCAAGGCCUUCUCUACCUGCUCCUCCCACCUCACUGCAGUGAUCUUCUUUUACGGUUCGGGACUUCUCCGUUAUCUCAUGCCCAAUUCUGGAUCCACUCGAGAGUUAUUCUUCUCCUUGCAGUACAGUGUGAUCACCCCCAUGCUGAAUCCCCUCAUCUACAGCCUGAAGAACAAGGAGAUGAAGGACGCUGUGAAAAGAAUGUUGAGGAAAUGUUUCUGGUGCUUCAAAUAAUAGCACCAGAAUGAUGAGGAUUCUUGGUAGAAGUGCAAUAAGUAGUGCCUGGAUAUUCAGAAGAAUUUUCUGAUGUCAGGAUCUGCAAGGUUCCCUACAGCUUUUCUUAAGAAUACUUAAGCAGAGGUGGAGUUAAGUUUCUUAGAAUGUUAUCAGUUGAGUCUGAGUCAGAGAUAAGUGGUCCUAGGUAUUUUUCCUAGAAAAAUAUUUAAAAUAUUACACACAGUAUGGUACACAUUUUUAUUAUACUCCGUCUAUCUUUGCCAUGCUUCUAGCAGCUAAAUUCCACUUGAUCAAUAUGGUUCCAGAGAGACUGUUAAUUAUAGAUUUUGUUAACCAUGGUGACCCCUAGUUCUCCCUGUCCCUGCUCAUUAUUCGUUCAUUCUUCCUGGCACAGUGUCUAGUAUAUGGUCAAUGUCAAACCAUUCACUCUGUAGGAAUUUUAAUGAGGAGAGAUUCAGAGAGGCAGAGGUCAGCCAUUCUGUUUGCAGUACUCUGACAGCCAAUCCCCGCGGCCCACUGAUAAGAUCACUAGUGUUAUCCUAGCUUCUUCCUUUUCAAGGCAGACAUAAACAUGAAUUGUAAUAAGAACACAUGAUCAGAUAUUUGUAUGAUGU